AUGAACAGCUACAACGACAAUGGCGAGCCUCCGAUCCCAGGUUUUGCAUCUCCCGUCGUAGUCUCUUCCCAUCCACCUGCCACCACUCAACAACAACAACCAGCAAAUCCAAAUCCAAGGAAGCGAGCAUUCAACAUGGAAGAAUCCCUCGCAAAGGAAAAGAAGCAUAUCCCCAUCAUAACAACCUCACAAUCUAAAAAGAUGUCCUCUCAUAUCUCCCGAUGGGCAAAGAUACAAGACGAGGUCGCGGCUACAAACAAUACUCAAGAAGAGGAGGCUGAAACGCUGGCGGAUAAUGGGGAGGACUUGAAGGAGCCGGCACCAGUCGACUUGUCAGAUGAGGCGUUGCUAAAGAGACUGCCAUCAGAUGCAUCCAUAAACACCGAACACUCGGAUAUGACUCUCAUGGCAUGUCUGCUAUGCCAACGACAAUUCAAAUCGCUAGAGGAUUUAGCUAAACAUCAAGUGAAAUCGGAUCUGCAUAAAAAAAACAUGACUGCACUCCGCACAACCCAAAUAACAGACCUCAGAACAACACUAUCGAUACAAGCUGCCGCCGAAACUGCCAGAUACCGUAACCGUGUCGAAGCUCGAAGACGGAAAUAUGCUCCUCCUGAUUAUAAUCACAACAAGUCACGGUCUAUGGUGGCGUUUCCAAUGUCUGGUACUAGUGGUAGUAGGGCGGGGUGGAAGACGACGUCUGCAACACCAAUCGAACAACCAACCAUAAACGGCAUCCAACAAGACAAUGCAGGGCGUCGCAUUCUUGAAAAAAUGGGGUGGAAGGAAGGUGAAGGACUAGGUGCCAAACGAGAUGGUAUCGUGCAACCCAUUGAGGCAUCUGGAUAUGGCAGAGGUGCUGGAUUGGGUAGUUUGGAUUAUCCAAGUAUUGGGGGUGGUGAUUUCGCAGAGUCAUAUACGGAUCAGACAAAGAGGAUGGCGAGGGCGAGGUUGGAUCAGAGUUGA